AAGGCCCUGACACCGAACGGGUGCAGACGGACGCCCCGACCCAGCUGCCAUGGACAUCGCCAUCCACCACCCCUGGCUGCGCCGGCCCAUGGGCCCUGGCUUUGGCCCCUUCCUCACCAACCGCCUCUUCGACCAGCGCUUCGGCGAGGGGCUGCUGGAGAGCGACCUGGCGGCCCUCUGCCCUGCCGCCGGCGCCAGCCUCGGCCCCCUCUGUGGUCGCUUCCCUGGCGUGGCUCUGCCCGACACUGGCCUCUCUGAGAUGACGCUGGACAAGGACCGGUUCUCGGUGCUGCUGGAUGUGAAGCAUUUCUCACCCGAGGAGCUGAGUGUGAAGGUGGUGGGUGACUACGUGGAGGUGCACGCCAAACAUGAGGAGCGUCCGGACGAGCACGGCUACAUCUCCCGUGAGUUCCACCGGCGCUAUGGGCUGCCCCGGGGUGUGGACCCCGCCACCAUCACUUCGUCCCUCUCGCCUGACGGCAUCCUCUCCAUCACAGCGCCCACCAAACCAGAGGGCAAGGCCCAGGAGCGCACCGUCCCCAUCACCCACCAGCAGAGCCCUGCUGUCACCGGGAAAUAGGGGGGGCAAGAACCUGCCUCCACUCCCCCCCCCCCCAAGGACACAGCCACCCCCUAUGGGCAUCACCCUCCCUGAGCCCCUUGGGACAGCAGAAUUUCAGGGGGUCCCCUUUCCAGGCCCAGGGCAGCAGAGAGCUGCGGGUGGCCCAGGGGAGCAGAGAGCUGAGAUUUGCUAAUGCUCCCCCCCAGCUGCUUUGCAGGGUCUUUUCUUAUCUAUGGCUGGUGCUGUAUGAAGCUGGGAGCUCGGCCAAUAAACUUCACUCACCUGCUGGA